ACAAACAGUUACACAAUCCACCUCCUAUCUCCGGUUACCCCUACACCAACCUCUCCACUCUUACCGCCUACACCCGGUUUCCCUUUCAUCCUAUAAAUACCCCCAUCGUCAUCCAGUUUCCUAAAACACUCCACUAAUCCUAUCGCAGGUACCGGAGUUGCUACGUCACCGUCAUCUCAUACUUCAAUCUUAUCUUCACUGAAAUAGUUUUACGUCAUGGCGGAAAAAGAUGAAGCACAGGUAAACACCACUCGAGGAGCCGAUUGGGAAGUGGUGACGCUCACUGCAUCGGCGUAUGCUGCUUCACCUGGCGGGAGUAUUCCGGAGGUUAAACAUGAGGAAAAGAGUGAAGUGAUUGACAAAGAUAACACCGAAACUUCAAACGCUUUGUUCAUGUCUGGACAUUUUGUUUAUCCACCUAGGCAGAACGAGAACGCGAAAUCAGAGCCUGAAAUGACGGAGAUUUUUGAAAAUCUGGUAGCGAAAGAUGACGGUUCUGUAUCUGUUAAAGAUUUAGGUGGAGAGUUUGAAUCUAGCAUCAAGGAAGAAGAAAAUUGGGAUCUUAGGAAGCUGACUGAGAUGGGCUUUACGGAAAACACUAGUCUGAAUUUGGCGGGAAAGGAGGAGAGUAUUUAUGAUUCUCCUACGCUUCAUUCGUUACACAAUGAAGUGACUAUGGGUGCGUUAAACUUGGAUGAUGAAACGGGUGCGUUCGAUGAGUCUGUACAUUCUUCUGAUCCAGCACUGGAUUCAAACACUCAAAAUCUUCCGUCUAAAGAAGACGACCAUUUAGACAACCAUGACGGAUCCGGCUAUACUGUGUGGUUAAAGAAACAAGCUGUUUGUUUCUAUGCACACGCAAAAGAAACAAACACACUGUGGUCGGUUGUUGCUGCUGCAGCCGUAAUGGGCAUUGUAAUUAUUGGCCAUAAGUGGCACCAAGAAAAAUGGCAAGUUUUCCGUCACGAGUGGAAAUCUAGGACUCCUGAUGAGAAAAUAAGGAUGAUGGCGGGUCCGCUAGCGCGAUUCAAGUACGCGAUCAUAGGUGGUCAACAACAGCAUGAUUUUUCCAUUGGGGGAGGCAUCUAUGGGGAACUUUGAAGAUGAUGGCGAUAACAGCAUUUGAUGAUCAUGAAAAUGAUGGUACAAAAACAGAGUGAAUGUUAUAUGAGUCCCAUUUAUACGAGUGUGUGUUCUUUUUAGACAUGAAAUAAAAGUGGGACACUUGAAAUGGAAGAUGCAGAAUGAUGGAAGUGGCCAAACAAAUGAUAUUUCAUUUUGCAAUACAUAAAGUAGAAGAAGGAAACACAUGUUAAUCUUUGCUUAUUGUGGUACAUUUUUUAUGCUUGUAAUUAGUUGAUAUUUCACUUUUAUAAGAUCUUGAUUAUCCCUA